AUGCCCCAUCACUACUCUGUCUACCUAUCUAUAUGCUACAAUCAGCGAGGAGACUUUGGGAAAAUCGAGUUUGACAGAUUUUGGUUCCCUAACCUGGAUGAACUAUGGAUUGUGAAGGUGGGAGACAUCGAUCCACGCUGGCAAAUCCCGGUGAACAAGCAAGCGACAUACGAAUCUCGGCUCAAAGAGCUGGCGAAGCAAUUCAGGUACUGGGUGGAGGAUGAGAUCAUCGAGAUGGCACCUCUAGACCUCAGCGACCCUGAUUCUCACGCUGUUCUCUACGAAGGCCGCUGUGGAAAAGAGGAUUGUCACGAACUCAACCAGGGACGCACGAAGAUGGUAUCCAAGGUUGUCUUUCUUGAUGGAAAAUACAAGGCUCCCGAUGAUGGCCAGAAAUGGGUUCGAAUCUUUCCCUUGCAGGCGAAAGAAGGAACGGGAGCAGGGGACCAAACCCAUGCGAAUGGGCUGAGGUGGGUUGCCAUUGAGAGAAUCUUGACCUUCAACCUAUACCGCGAAGCCUGGAGCGAAGGUGGAAGGGAGAUCAGACGACGCAGACCGUUGACUUAA